CUUGCUUGGUCAGUUCCUCAAGUACAUUACAUAAGAAAGAAUAUACUGUAGGUCUGUAGCUGUGCUAACAGGCUUACAUAACUGCCACAUUUUCUAUACAAGAGCCUUAUGUACAGCUAAUAUUACAGCUGGUGGAUAUGAUGUCCUGGACGUAACCCCAGCCCAGCACGAACAGGACUGACAGGGUGUAGAGUCACUGACAGUCGUAAACAAUCAAGUUUAAAAUGGAUUCCUGGGGAAAGUUGCCAGCUGGCCCGCCUCCUCUUCUCCCUGAUUGGACGCAAGUACUGCGACUCAGAGAUGUCGUUCACCGAGAAUGUCGUAUCUGAUAGGCCCAUAACGCUGUCAGUCAGCCUUUUCUACGCCCUCUCACAUUGCAGCAUGGAGGAUAGAAUGUAACAAAAUUCAGAUACAUACUGUAGCAAGUGAGCUGGAUUUCUUCGUUCGAAAAGGACAUCGCGUUUAUAAGAUAAGGAAAGUGAUGCACCAUGCCCAUAGUGGACAAGCUGAAAGAGGCCCUGAAGCCCGGGCGGAAGGACUCGCCUGACGAGGGCGACCUCAACAAGCUGUUGGCCUCCUCCGCCAAGAAGGUGCUGCUGCAGAAGAUUGAGUUUGAGCCGGCCAGCAAGGGCUUCUCCUACCAGCUGGAGACGCUCAAGACCAAGUAUGUCAUCCUCAACCCUAAGGCCGAGGGCGCCGUGGGACAGAAGGCCUCCGAUCCCGUCCACAUCAAGAGGCAGGUCUCAGAGAAUGUGGGCGGGGGCCAGAGCGACGGGAUUCCCGCCCCCCAGAAGAUGCUUUUCCCUGUCAACAGGCUGUCCAUGAGGUGGGAGCGGGUCUACAGGGUGGGAGCCGGCCUCCACAACCUGGGCAACACCUGCUUCCUCAACUCCACUGUGCAGUGUCUCACCUACACCCCGCCCCUCGCCAACUACCUGCUCUCCAAGGAGCACAGUCGAGCCUGUCACCAGUCGGGCUUCUGCAUGAUCUGCGUGAUGCAGAACCACAUUAUCCAGGCCUUUGCCAACACGGGGAACGCCAUCAAGCCCGUGUCCUUCAUCAGAGACCUGAAGAAAAUCGCCAGGCAUUUCCGCUUUGGCAGCCAGGAAGACGCCCAUGAGUUUCUGCGCUACACCAUCGACGCCAUGCAGAAGGCCUGCCUCAACGGUUACCCCAAGUUAGACAGGCAGACGCAGGCCACCACGCUGGUCCAUCAGAUCUUCGGGGGUUACCUCAGGUCACGAGUGAAGUGCUCCAUUUGUAAAAGUGUGUCAGACACCUAUGAUCCUUACCUGGACAUCGCCGUGGAGAUCCGGCAAGCGGCGAACAUCGUGCGGGCGCUGGAGCUGUUCGUCAAACCGGACGUCCUGAGCGGGGAGAACGCCUACAUGUGUGCAAAGUGUAAAAAGAAAGUGCCAGCGACGAAGCGCUUCACGGUUCACCGAACCUCCAACGUGCUGACGCUGUCUCUCAAGAGGUUCGCCAACUUCAGCGGGGGGAAGAUCACCAAGGAUGUGGGUUACCCAGAAUUCCUGAACAUCCGGCCCUACAUGUCACAGAGCUCAGGGGACCCGGUCAUGUAUGGCCUCUAUGCUGUCCUGGUGCAUUCUGGGUACAGCUGCCACGCUGGCCACUACUACUGUUACGUCAAGGCCAGCAAUGGGCAGUGGUACCAGAUGAAUGACUCCAUGGUUCAUUCCAGUAACAUCAAAGUGGUUCUCAAUCAGCAAGCUUAUGUCCUCUUUUACCUGAGAAUCCCUGAAACCAAGAAGAAUGUGGAUGGUCCAAUCACGAAGCAGGGGGUGGGGCAUCCCGCGAGGAACAGCAUGACCCCGGAGCAGCUGAAGAAGACCACGCUCAACGGGCCUCUGUCCUCGCCACAGGUGACCAAGAAGCUGGAGUCCUCCCAGCUGCGGAAGAUCCAGUCCCUGGAUGGCGGCGUCGGGGUGCCCGUCCCCCGCAGCGGCUCCAGCGGGCCGCCGCCCAAGCUGGCCAACGGCUCGCCCUCGGCCCACGCCCCCUCCAAGCCCCCCGGCGGCCCCACCCUGAUUGAGGAGCCCUUUAAGAAGCUGAAGAAGCCCUCCCCGCAGUGGCAGGCCCGCAGCGGCACCCCUGUCCCCUCCAACGGCCUCGCCAGGACGGACGCCGAUCGCCGCCACGGGUCAGAGGUCAGGGGCCUGGCAGCAUCUACCUCAAUGAAGUCCCUCUCUGACUCGUCUUCAGCUGACACCUCCGACUCCAAGGACUGCGGGGGCCCGCGGAGCGCACCGGUUGGAGAGUCGCCGACCCCCAGGAAUGGCGCAAGCGGGGCGUCCUCGCCCGGUCGGGCGUUGGAGCCCUCCAGGAGCACCGAGGAGCAGAAGACGGUGAAGUUAAAACCGCAGGCCCUGACCAAUGUCGCCUCCGAACCCACCAGCACCAUGUCACCUCCACCCGCCAAGAAGCUGGCUCUGUCCGCCAAGAAGGCCAGACAGAGCCGGAGUCCGAGCGGCAGUGAGGCCUCCUUCCCCCCGUCACGCCCUCCGUCCAGCGACUCCAUGCAUCCAGCUCAACUCCACCCCCUCACCUCCGCCCCUCCUGCACACACACACAGAGCUGUUCCAUUCCAUUCGUCCAAACUUCAGUCUCCCCCCGCACCCCAGCCCCACUCGGACCCCCACCGCGCCACUCUCUCCUGCGCCCCGCCCAGACAGCCGCCCGCCCUCUCUGCGCAGACCAAUGGCUUUCAUCCCCGCCCACUGAAGCCCCAUGGCCCCGCCUCCCCGGCCCCCCUGCCGACUGGCCCCGAGCCCGCCUGCCCCGCCCCGCAGAAGAGGAAGAAGAAACGCAAACGCCGCCACUCGGAGAUGGAGGCGGAGACGGCGCCCGCCGCGGCCCACGGCCGGGACGAAGGGGCGGGAGCGGAGGCCUCCGGAGAAAAGAGGAGGAAGAAGAAGAAGAAGAAGAGGAAGAGAGAGGAAGUGGGGGGCGAGUGUCAGGAGAGCCGGAGGGAGAGCGUGGAGACGCACCUGGAGCCGCCACCCCCACCACCCCUGGCCCCCCAGGAGGAGGACUGGUGCCUGGGGGAGCCAUGGAGAAUCUCCCCCACCCCUGGGGGGGCAUCCGCCCAGCCGCCCCACCCUGGCCCAGGAGAGCCAGCCGCAGACGCAGCCAGGAAGAAGAAGAAGGGAAAACACAGGGAGAGACGGGAGGGAGAUGCCGCCUCUCACCCUGUCCCGCAAAGUUCUAGCUCAGGGAGGGAGGCAGCAACUGCCGGGACGGACGCAGGGGAUUCGACGGAGACAUCAGUGAGCGCACAUCAGCAGGAGAGGAAGAGGAAGAAGAAGAAGAAGAAGAGGAUGAGAGAGGACAAGGAGAGAGACGGAGAGAAGAGCAGUGUCGGCCAUGAGGAAAAAGCUGCCGCAGAUUCAGUCCUCUCGCCACAGGAGGGCGCUGUAGAGACGGGGAAGACUGCUGCCAGCAGCUCAGCUCCGGUGUUCGUGUGGGACAGUCAGGUUCGGGAUGGGUACACGCGCAGGCAGGUGGUCCCAACUGGGGAGGCGGAGUCCCGAGAGGCCCCCCGCCCCGCCCCGCUGGCCUGGGACGGCAAGCGGAGCUGCGACGUGGUGGAGGAGCUUCUCCAGAACUCUGCAGAUAGAGCGUACGGAACCCAAGUGCUCAGCUGGGAUGGGGGCGUCUCCGCCAUUAGCAGAGAUGCCAUAGAGGACACGCGACACUCCAAACACGACACUGUGAUCGACGAAUGGGACGAGGACUUCGACGGCGGGAAGGUAAAGAAGGUGAAAAAGUACAAAAAGGAGAGGAGGAGGAGCUUUAACGUUUUCCAGAAGAUUCAGGACAGGAGGAACAUGUGGUCGGUCACUCCUGGAGGGAAGAAGGGCAGUAUGGGAUACCGCUACUGACCUGCAGAACCGGGGUGACCGGUUGCCGUGUGUCUCCACCCAGCUCAAACCGUGGACGUUUUUAAAGAGGGAAGACUCGUGGUUUCUGAGGCUCCACGUGCAGUGGGAGAGGCGUCAGAGAGGAGCGAAUUGGACCAGAGCACGGCCGGGCGGUGCUGCGGCUGGCCCAGCAGGGCUCUGACAUCACAAAUGGGCCGAAACACCCACACCCCCACCCAACCCAACCCCGCCUCCUUCCAGGUUUUCGUCCGCCAGGGAAUCGGUGAGAAUCGACUUCCGGAGCCAGUCGGACACACCGACAGCUGGACCCGUGCCAAACCUGAAUAACUUCCCCCGAGCGCCGAACAGCACCGGAGCUGCUCCUGCGCAUUUAAACACGCUCCUCUUCACUGUGGUACCACGACAGAGCGGGAAUGAGAUGAGCCGGCCGCCUUCCUUCACCAAGGUUUCUCCUCUCUGUUCUGUGUCUAGUCCUCAGACAUCAUGCUGAGCAAAACCCCCUGUGUUUCGGUAAGCCGAUGUGAGCUUACCCCACCUCUCCUCACUGUGAAACCCCUUUCAUUGUGUUUCCUAUCUGUAGUGAUGGCUAAAGAGCGUCCCUCUUUCCAUCGGACCAACAUGCACCAUGUUGCACUUGAAAUCUUGGUGAAUGAGGGGGGCACAUUUUUCCCUCCCUGCCAUUGUUAGCAAAUUUAAACCAGCUGUAAUGGCGGGGGGAGGUACAGGAAUGAGGGAGCUACUGUACGAUAGAAGUGGCAGCCUGUGCACUCUUCCUGCCCCUAGAGGGCGCCGUAGGGAAUCUAAGGAAGAGCACUGUGAGGUCUGACACAGUUGUGUGCGUAAGGCUCAGUGCAGGCAGCAAGUGGGUGUGACACAGGAGCCGGGGGUGGGCUCUUCUGGGCUCUGCAUCCUACAGGUUUCACAGUUUACAGCCUCCCAGUCUGUGGCUAAGCCUGAUGAGCUGACCCCCCUUUACAAGUAGUGAGUCCAAUCAAACUGUUGACCACUGAGACUGAGGUCCCCUGACACCUCCAGCUGCCUGUCAUUGGCUUAAAUCUUUGGGGGGUUAACCAAAUCCAUCCCCAGCCAAACACCCC